CCUUUUCCAGGGUGGCGGGGGAGGCGCUGCAGCUGGUCGGUGCCCGCAACUGCUCAGUCGCUUUGGAGGAUGGCAGCGGUGGCGUUUGCGCUUCUCGGGCUGGUGUUGGUGCUGGCGGCGCCCGCCGCGCUGGCGGCUCCGGGCUGGGCAGUGCCAGCCGAUGUGCGCGGGGACUCGGUGCGGGAGGCGGCCCGCUUCGCCCUGGCCGAGGCUUUCCCCGAAGGGCAUCCGCGGGGAUUGUGGGCGCUGCGCGGAGCCAGGACGCAGGUGGUGAAUGGAGUCAAACACUACUUGGACGUCGUCCUGCUCCAGAGUCCGUGCAAGAGGGCCGAGGUUGCAGACUGCAACAACGCUUCGGGCUCUGUCCCUCUUGGAAAAACACAACACCUGUCCUGCCACUUUGAGGUUUGGAGCCAGCCUUGGGCGAGCAGCAAGAACCUCCUUAAGCAAGACUGCCAUCCCACCGAACCAUUGGCUGAAAUCCAGGCGGCCACGCUGGGUCCGUGGGAGACGUUUCCUCUGACCGGCCCUUUUGUGGGCGCAGCUGGGGAGCCCUUGAGGCAGAUGGAGUCUCUCCAGAACGCCUCCGCUCACCUGGUCUCCCUCUUCAAGGACUUUCUCAGCACCUACAAGAAGAGCUACCUGGACGAAGGAGAGACCCAAAGGCGCUUCCGCAUAUUUGCCGAGAACCUGGAGAAGGCCCGUCUCUAUCAGGAAGUGGAUCAGGGCACCGCAGAAUACGGAGUCACCAAAUUUAGCGACCUGACAGAGGAAGAGUUCCGUUUCAUGUACCUGAAUCCACUCCUGGCGAAGCUGCCUGGCCGGCCAAUGAAAGUGGCCUCCAUCCCGAACGGUUCGUUCCCCGAGGAAUGGGACUGGCGGGACCACGGGGCUGUCACAGAGGUCAAAAACCAGGGCGAGUGCGGCUCCUGCUGGGCCUUCUCCGUAACAGGCAAUAUAGAAGGACAGUGGUACCUUCACAAGGGAACCUUGCUCUCCCUCUCUGAACAAGAGCUGGUGGACUGUGACCUCAAAGACCAUGCCUGUGGAGGCGGCCUGCCUUCUAACGCCUACGAGGCCAUUGAGACGCUGGGGGGCCUGGAGACCGAGGGGGAUUACAGCUACCAGGGUUUCGAACAGAACUGUGGCUUUUCCAAGGAGAAGGUGGCCGUUUACAUCAACAGCAGUGUGGCCCUUCCCCAGGACGAGAACGAUAUCGCAGCUUGGCUGGCCAAGAACGGCCCCGUCUCCAUUGCUCUGAACUCCUUUGCUAUGCAGUUCUACCGCAAAGGCGUUUCCCACCCCUUCUUCGUCCUCUGUAAUCCCUGGAUGAUCGACCACGCCGUCCUCCUGGUGGGCUACGGCACACGGGGCCGAACUCCCUUCUGGGCGAUCAAGAACAGCUGGGGAGCAGACUGGGGAGAGAAGGGCUACUACUACUUGUACCGUGGGAGCCACGCCUGUGGUAUGAAUACCAUGUGCAGCUCGGCGGUGGUCAACUAGCCGGCUCCGUCCCCUCUCGGUCGGCCGCCUCUUUCGUGCUGGUAACGGUAUCCGGGCAGUGACUGGCGUGGAAUCACACACACACACACCCUGCGUCCGGCAGAGCCUGGCAGGCGUCCCCCCCGUGGGAAGCUGCAGCCCAGAGAAGUGGACCUGAUGCCACAGGAUAAAACUUCCACCCCACCAAGGAUCUUCUCCGGGCUCCACAACCGGCCACUGCAAACCUCUCGAGUGUGGAAUACGCAUGGCCUCUCUCCGUGAAUCGGCCCUUCGCCUCUCCCGCCUCUUCCGCCAAAGGGAGUUUUCAAUUAUCUUCCUCCUUGUGGGCUGCGGACCCACAAGAUCCUAACCAUGCUUUGUUUUAACUUUGAUUAACGGGUGUGUAUGUGUACCAUUUCUCUCUCACACACACAAACACAAACACACACACACACUGCGGUGCAAACCCAGCAGACAGUUACGAUUCUGUGUAUUAUUAUUAUUAUUUUUGAGCAAUACAGGAUUCAGCUAGUCCUCGACUUACACAUUUGGGAACCGAGUUUUCGUUGCUACGCGAGACAAAUGUUAAGCGAGUCAUGCCUGAUUUUACUAGCUUUUUGCCCAGGGCUGUUUAAAUGAAUCAGGGGGGUCAUUAAGUGAAUCCACCUUUCCCCCCUCCCUUUAACUGUGCUUGUUGGAGGCUGGCUGGGAAAGUCGCAGAAGGCGAUCAGGCGAGCCUGGGUUGCAAAAACGGAUCCAAUUUGGGUGCCACGGACCCAGAUUUUGCUCACAUGACCUUGGGAAUGCUGCAGCGUGAAGGAGGCCCCCUUUUUCUUUCAGUGCUUUGAGUGGUUGCCACACAAAUGGUUGUGAGUCGAGGGUUGCAAGCAGCUAAAUGUAAGAGUCCCUGCGAGGCGAGUUGGCCGUCAAGCAAAUCUAUUCAAUAAACACAUACAAACAGUA